CAGACUCCCGGACCGAGCACACGCGGCUCGUAGGCUGGCCGCGGCUUCCACUCGGGACCGCGCUCGAUCGCCCCUCGCAGCUCGUGUGACGUUGGGGCUCUGCGGGGGCCAGGGUGUGCUGGGUGGACCGCGGAGGAAGGAGGUGCCCGAGUCAGCUCUAGCCGCUAGGGUCAUUUUCUGCCUCUCCUGCCACGUCACUCCCUCUGCUAAAGAAAAAAAGGCUUGUGCCUGAAGGAGCAAGGUGGAUCAGUGAGGGGGAGAAAGGGCUUCUGGGAAGAGUUAGAAACACCUAGACUGGGAAACGAAAUCUUACUUGAGUGUGUCUUUGGAAACAUUGUGGAUAUUUGUGUCUGCUAUUGGUUGGUGUUUAAAACUUCUACUAGUCGUUGCUCUCAAGGGCUAUCACGACAACAGGUGAUCAUGAAUCAGGCAGAUAAAAAUCAAGAAAUCCCGUCUUAUCUUAGUGAUGAACCACCAGAAGGGUCAAUGAAAGAUCAUCCACAGCAGCAGCCAGGCAUGUUGUCUCGUGUGACUGGAGGGAUCUUCAGUGUUACAAAGGGAGCUGUUGGCGCCACCAUUGGUGGUGUGGCUUGGAUUGGUGGAAAGAGCCUGGAGGUGACCAAAACAGCUGUUACAACUGUGCCUUCCAUGGGAAUAGGGCUGGUGAAAGGAGGCGUGUCUGCCGUGGCUGGAGGUGUGACAGCUGUUGGUUCUGCUGUUGUAAACAAAGUGCCCUUAUCAGGAAAGAAGAAAGACAAGUCUGACUAAGAGACGAGGUACACUUGCACACUUGCUCUCCACAGCACUUGAUGCCAGUGGCAUUGAAUUGCUCAAUUACAGACUACAGCCAAGUCAGCUAAACUGCUGUGUUGAAAGUAUUGAUGGCUGGCUUCGUCUAAAACAAGAAGAGACCAAUACUAUCCCAGUGUAUGGAGGCUUCUCAUACUUAAGUUCAGCUUUUUAUCUGGUAAAAUGUUACACUUACUCAGUUGUAACUGAAGAUAUGGUCUGUUUAAAUAUUUGCUGUAAGUCUUUCAGUUUGACUAAAAUGUGAAAGUUCAACUAAGUAGAUGACUUUACAGUUCCAUGUGUACAGUGUGCCAGGUGACUCAUGACCCUUACAAAGGGACUCCUGAACUACAUAAACUGUACCUUUGAUGUGCCUAAUAGUUUCAGGUGUCUUAGUUUUUUUUAUAACUAUAGUGGUUUAGGCCAAGAGGCAUUCUUAUUUAAGCUGACAGAAAAGUAGCAGGAAUUCAGAAGUUUAAAAGAUAAAUGGUUUUUAUGACACUGUUAAUUGUUUUUUCUUAGAUAAACAUCCUGUUUGUUUAAUCAUUGAUGCCUUACAAAAGAAAACAUCUUUUCUAAUACCUUAAAUUUGUGCAGUUCUUAUAAUUAUCAGUGAAUUCUUUUAAAGGUUGUUAAACUAGUUUUCCCUCUUAAGAAUCUCAGGAGUGUUGAGGUAAAGGCGUUUCCUGAUGUCAGUGGGUAAGAGAGUGCUUGUUAGCUGUUGUCAGUAGUUCGCAUCAAACAUAUGCUUCAGUUGGGUUCAUGGUUCCAUCAGUAAUACGCCCCACAGUGCCUAUGGAACAUUUCUUAGCUGACCAAAAGCUGUGUGGGAAUAGUUUUAGAUUAAGAAAGAACAAGCAUUAGUUUUUAAGUUAUUAUAAUUAUCUGAAGCAUCUUAAGAUAAUCCUUCAUGCAUAUUCUGUCUUUAGGAUGUCCUAAAUUAUCAGUAGCAAUUUCUGUAAAAGUAUAAUACAAGCAACCACAAAUAUAUGAGGAUUGACUCUUCAGAUGAAUGAGAUGGGCUCCAUACAUCCAUACAUUGGCUUUGAAUAAAAAAUACAUAAGUGCUUUCAAUGACUUAUGUAGGGUUUUUUUGUUUGUUUGUUUGUUUUUGUUUUUUUGCUUGUUUUUGUUUUUGUUUUUAAGAUGGGAUUGAUCUCCUGUAGCCUAGGCAGGUUUUGAACUGGAUAUGUAGCUGAGGAAAACCUGGAGCUCCUAAUCCUUUUGCCUUCAUUCCCCAAGUUCUGGGAUUACAAGCAUGCAUGAGACACCAUGGUGUCUCAUGCGUGGUUUAUGUGAUGCUGGGGAUGGAACCCAGGGCUGCAUGCAUGCUAGGCAAGGGUUGUACCAGUUGAGCUGCAUCUGCAGUCAAACUUACUUAUGCUUUAAAAUAUGUUCUCUUACAACCCUUUAAAGCAGAUGUAGACAUUCUAUUUUUCAAGCCAGUUUCAGGUAGUGUGUUGUCUUAAUGUGUCAUCAUAGCUCAUUCAUUCUCAUAGAACGUAACUCAAAAGUCCAUUUCUUUUUGUUUCAGUGUUCAGUUUCAUGAAAAUUUAAUAACUGAAAUAUAUAUUUGGCAUUUAUUUUAUAAUCUAAGCCUGGGGGGAAAAGAUCUUAAUUUUCUUUAUGCCUAAAACUAGAAAUCUGUCUCUAUUCUGCCCGUUCAAACUCCCUGGAGAGAGGAUGGGAGUGGUGCCUUGACAUAGAUAAGUCAAAAUGUUGUGCCCCUGAGAAGGUGAGACCAUCACCCUAACAUGUAGAUUUGAAUGUUUGUAACUCUUAUGAGAACCCUGUUAGUAGUGUGGAUCAACAACUGCAUAAAACAUACAUUUCACAGCAUUCAUAAAUAACAGCAGGACUUCCAAGCAAGUCUAUAAAUGUUCUUGGACCUUUAUGCUUGCUUACACAAGACUUAAAAUCAUUGAGUUAAAUUCAGAAGGAAUUAAAAGGCCGUUUAGUUCAUGAGACAUAAUUUAAGAGACAUUUGUUGGUACAUCUGGUGAAAUGUCUUAACAAAUGGUCUUUUUUUUAAAUUCCAAAAUUAAAUAGACCCAUUCUCAGUGAUCUGAAUAAUGGUUUUGGAGAACUUGAUUCCUGCUAUUUAGAAAGGAUUGAUUCAUUGCUAGUUUGUAUUCCUAACUUACAGGCUGUGCUUUGUACUUGAAUUCGUCUGAGUGUAGACUUAGUUUAUGUGUGCUUGCAUAUUUAUUUUCAACUUUGCUUGUCUUUAAAAUCACUUGAGGAAGUGGCUAUAAUUAAUUUCUGCUACAGAAAAGCCACCUGGUAAAUUUUCUCAGUUGUCUUAAAUGCUAAGUACAAUUUUGUUCAGAAGGCUUUUUUCAACAAUAGCGGAGAACUGUACAGAUGUAUGGUUAGCUGUAGUUCUAACUGAAGGGAACUUGCCAUUUGAUGAUGUAUACAGCUAUAUACUUGAGUCUCUUCCAGUUUAUUUCCGUAGACUAGCAAUUUGACCUGUUAAACAGGACUAGUUCACUUCAGAAACUAUGGUUGUUGUAUACACCUGGGAGCAUCUGUUAUUCAGCUCCUCUUUUGAGUGAGUUUUGGCACAGUGAGGAUGAAUUUGUGUGAUCCACUUGAAUAACUGAUCUAAUAAUGUUGACAUAUGAAUACUGUAUCUAGUGAAAUGUCAGAUGAAAACAGCUGAUUGAAUAAUGCGGGUUUUUUUGUAUUAAAGGGAUGGGAAAGAACACACAAAUCUGAUAAUAAAGGACUGUGAUCUGCAAA